CAAACGGAGCGAACUGGAUAAGUGAAAUGUGAUUCGCAACCAUUAUUGCUUCGGUACAACGAACAAUCUAUGUACACAUCGCCCGGAGGUAUGCAUACCAACGCUCGAAAUGUCUCUAUCGAUUGACUUUAACAGUUUUCUUCAAUUUUGCAAACAUCGUCGUCACAUAAACAAACACACACACACACAAACAUACAUGCAAAUCUCGGCCAAUCCAUAAAGAAUGAUUUAAGGGCAUUUCGAAUUACCAUUUUAUGCCUGUGAAUUGCGUGCAAAUGAGUGUUGCAUAUGUUUAACGAAACAUACAAAGACUACGAACGGAAAAAACGACAAUAAUAAAAAAUUGCACAAAGCACACAUAAUUUAAGGGCAGCCGUAGCAAACACGAUUAACUGCAAUUGUGGUGGUGAAGCGAAAAGUUCGUGACUUUGUGCAUGUGUGUGUGUGUGUGUAAAAAUGUGCAUAAAUUUUAUGUGUCGCACUGAAAUGAAACGAAACGGAACUGAGCACAAAUAAAAUGGUCAAAAGGGAAGCAAAAAAAAGGAGAGCGCAAAAUAAACAGCAACUUAAAAUGUAUGUCUUCAUUAUGUGUUUAAAGUUUAGCUCGUGGCCGUUUGGUUUGGCCGAUUUUCAGUCAGUCGACUGUGAACGGUUAUCGCGGUGAUUAGCGUCAACAUUUAUGGUAUCAUCCAGCUACAAAACGAAAAGCCAACCAAAUUUAAACAAGUUUCAAAGAUUCAACGACAGCAACAAAUUCAACAACAUCACUGCCACAGACCCAAUUUUAUCAGUCACCAUCAAGAUCGGUGUCGAUAUUGGUAUACAAAACCAUAAAUUCGGUAUACAAAAGCAGCCGAAAGAUAAUCGUGCGAGUAUGUGAAGUGGCCAGCGCCAAAAAGGUCAAGCCAUUCAAAAUGUUUAAUUUGUAUUCAACGAUGAAUCGGCGCGCUGCCGACUCUGAUCGCGACGUCAAAGAGCUUGAAACCACUGGCCACGAUCGCUUUUGUCAAAUACGUCCAUCCAGGUCUUCGUUUCGUAAAAAGCGUAAGAGAAAUGUACGACGCGCACAAUCGGCGGCCGAGUUCGAUCCGCGCGCAUUAUCAGCGGCUAAUAAACGAACUCUGUUCAAAGGUCGAUCGGUUAGUUCGGAGCAAGAGAAUUCCGAAAGUGAGCAAACCGAAAAGUCUCCAUUGGUCAGUGCAAAACUGGAAACGUUCGCUAAAAUGCUAUUCAAUCGCGCAAAUGCUGCAUCACAAGACAGCCUUGGUAGUGGCGGCUCACCAAAAGAGACCAACUCAUCGCCAACCAGGAACAACUUAAAAUUCCAGUAUUCGGCAUUAGAUCCGGGUAUGACGGCAGCAGAUCGAACACCACGUGAACGAGCAACGCGAGAACGGUCAUACAUUUCGUGUCAGGAAUGGACUGAAAAAUCGGCGGGCCGUUACGAGAUCAUGGCACAUUUGGAUGAUAUUGGCUGUAGACCGAAUAAAAAUUGGUUUUUGCUGAACGAUACCACCGUCCGAACCGACCGUUUAAUGACAUUGAUUCCGUUGCCGGCCGAUUGUGUUGCUCUAGAGGAAUUAUCACCAUCCGAUUCACCCAAAGGUGUACUAAUGGAACUGCUCGGUUCAUUGCAACAUCCAUACAUUUAUCCGGUGCUCGAUCUAGGAAUUUUCUAUUCAAAUCAAAUUCACUAUGCGUGUCUCGUGAUGCCAUUUAAUGCGCGUGGCAGCCUCAAGGAUUUAAUUUACAAAUCACAAUGGAAUGAUCCGUGGAAUCGUAAAUAUACAAAAAAGUCAACAUGUUUGCCGUUGUCACAGGUGCAGCGGUUAGGCCGACAAAUUUUGGAAGCGUUACUAUUUUUACGCGAACGAGGCUUUCCAUCACAUGGUCACUUGCAUAGCGGCAAUGUUAUACUUCAAAAUGGCGUUGCUAGGUUAUCGGGUUUGGAAAACGGUUUGCUGGGCUUAAACUCAAAAGUGAAUGCGGUGGUAUGGGCAAAGAGUAUUGCAGAUGUUGAGAAUAUGGAUAUCAUUUGCUUUGGUCAUUUACUGUUUGAAAUGUGCACUGGCUAUGAAUUACCGUCACCGCGCCCAACCGCCGGCCACUUGCAAUUGGAUUUGGAACGAUAUCCACAGGUGGUUGAAGUGCUACAAAUGAUUUUUGAAUCUCCCGAUAAUCGAUAUCCAACUGUUGAAGAGCUUGUGCUAUGCGAUUUGUUCCGCAACAUCGAUUUACGUGAAAUGAGAGGACCAUCAAUUUCGUCGUUCAAGCACGGUUUAAGUAUAUCCACGUUGAAUCUGUUGAAUGCGGUUCGCCGAAGGCAAGGUGCUUCGUUAAAUGGCUCAUACAGUGAAGGUAGUUCACCAUGCACACCGCCUUCAACUCCGCGACGUAUCGGAUUGCGUGAUGUAAAUUCAUUUGACAUUUCAAGCGAUUCGGAAGAUGUUUUAGACGAAGUCGUCAUAACGGCGUCUUCAUCUGAGUUCCAUCAGUUCCAUGGUUUUCUGCAUCCAUCCAUGUCGUCGCCGAUCACAUUCUUCGACAAUAGCAUGCAUUCUAACGAAUCGAUGCCAUCGACUUCGUUGAAUGUUGGUGCAACCAGUUCAUCGAACGCUUCAAAUGCUUCGAACGUUUCGAACGCUUCGAAUGAAUGUGCUAAUGAGAGCUUGGCUAUUCCAUCGGUUGCAUCAACGUCAACAUUUUCAAAUCAAUUGACAACGGAUCUAUGUACUACAUCGAAGAAUUCAAAGAGUCGUCGUAUGGAGUAUUCGAUGCGUGGGACUAAAACCUGUAGUAGCAGCAGCAGUUGUAAUCCAUCACAGGAUUCUGCGUUUGGUUCAAUGACAGAUGGUGAACUAUCGAUUGCAUCGAACAGUUGCCGGAUGAGCAGUUUCCAAUCGAUGUCAUCGCCAAUCGAUGAAAGUGUUGAAGAUUCGAUAACUGGUUUACCCGGACCAUCUCUAACCUCAUCACUGUCUCGUGCAUCAACCACAUCGAAUAACGAAAGUAUUGAUGUGCCCGAUUACAAUCCCACUGCAUCUUCGUCCGAUUACAAUCCCGCUGCAUCCGUCUUUAAUUUGGUGAAAAAGAAGUCGGCAUCAUUUGGUACGUCAUCAAGUGGACUGCCCAUUGAACCACCGACCAUUUUGGUGAACGACGGAAAUUCAUUCUAUACAACAUCACCGGCCAAAACAUUUGGCACAAUUCAAGUGUUUUCACAAAAGUAUCGAGUGUCAUCGUUUGAGGAGAUGUCGACCAAGCGCAGCUUUUUACGUAAUGUGCAUAAGCAAAAUUUUCGAUCGCUUGAAGAAGAGCGUCGCAUUGAUUCAGCAUUCACUCCCGUUGUGAAAACCAUUCAUUCGCAUCAUCGAAGCUUUGAUGCCAGCCAUCGUAAUAUAAACAAUUCGGAAAAGUUUAAGAAAUUGACGCACGUCUCAUUUGCCAGCAAAGUGUCGACGACACGUGAACGCCAUACCGUAUGGAAAAAUAGUAUUUUGGCACGAAAAAAUAAUCUCAUCAAAUCGAAUGAAUCGCUUCACGAUUACAGUAAUUACAGCGCAUCGAGUAGCACGAAUAGCAGCCCAAAAUCAGCUCAAACCGAAAUUUUCUACGAUACCAAACUGCGAAAGCGUGUCAAUUCGACCAAUGAGCUGAGCUCAACGUAUCGCACCGAUAUCGAUGGACGAUUUUCAAUGCUUGCCGAUGAUUUAAAGUGUUUCGCUCGAAAAUCUUGCUCAGAACGUUAUUUACUCAAUAUGACCAUGCUCCGGCAAACAACAAUCACCAAUGAUUGCGAUGAAUGUGAUGAAGAUGAAUCGAACGGUGGCGUUUCGCAGCGUUCGGAAAAUGAAAGUUGCCUCGAUGAAACGUGCAGCAAUAGUUCAAACAGUGCAUAUGGUCAUGUUACACUCACAAACAGCUCAACCAAUUCGAAAACACCGGAAAAUAAUAGCACCGAUUCGUCGCCAAGUCAUCGAAGUAUGUGCAAAAUUAUCGGUGGUAUUGAUGUGGAUAAUCGACACAUUGAGGAAAAGAUUCCAUUGUUAGACGGCAUGGAAAUGUCACCGAUGAUCAGUCCAGUAGAAAAUAAUGAAAUGUUGUGAUAUCCUCAAGUAGAAUUGUAAGAAAUAUGAACAGCGUGAGGGUAUACGUGUGAAAGGAAAAAUGAGAAACAUGUGAGAAAAAGACGUAAGGAACGUGAGGAUGUGUAAGAAAAUAGGAAUACGUGUGAAAAUGGAAAAUUGAAUGCGAUAACGUUUUAGCGGUGAUUUAUACGAUAGGAUUUUGGCGACGAAUAUGACAAAGAUUUAUAGCAAUCUAACACACACAUAGAUACACAUGAAAUGGUCCAAGAUGAAGGAUUUUAAUGGGAAAUCAUACAAAAUGCAAUCCAAUAGACACCUGGAAAAAUAUCUCUUAUCAAAUCAAUAUUCAUUUUGUAAGCACAGACUCAACGCUUCUCACACAUUCGCGUAACAUUUUCAAUUUAGAGCAACAACCAAAUAAACCGAGUUUAUGAUCAAAUUUCAGUUUAGAGUUCAUUUCAAUGGAUUAUUGUGUAGCUUUAUUGACACAAAUCAAUGGAAACAAAGAAUAUGAAAAUUUCUGAAAAUUUCCAAAUUAUAGACUUUUUGCCCGUUUAGAAUCAAAAGACGAAGAAAUCAUAAAUCCCAUUAGAAGGUUUGUUACAAUAAAUAUUAUCUACAACUACUACUACUGAAUCAAAAAGACUUGACCUUUUAUCGUUUGUAUAGGAUUUAGAAUUCUUUUACCCUGUUUUUUUGGUCUUUACAACAAAAAUAAAAGCAGAGAAAAAAAACCUAUACACGUAAGAAAUCAAUUGGACAAUAUCGCAUGGGACGGAAAUUUGUGCAUUUCUCUUUUAAAACUACACAAACACAUUUUACAAAGGUCAAACAAAAAACCGAUUCGAACAAAAAAAAAACGAUUCAAACAGAAAAAAGAAAUCAAAUUCGAGCAUGUACGGAGGCUAAUCAAUGAAAAGCGAUUGUUAUUCGACGAAGUUGUUUCCAUCAACCAGAGUCUGUUUAUUUCAUAUCGAUAUUUAUGGAAAUGAAACGAAAAAAGAAAACGUAUUUUGUGCCGUCCUACGCAAUUCAACAAAUACUCCCACAUUGAGUAGUACAUACAAAAUGGUUGGGUUUGUUUUUAAUCGACGUUUUCAACCGCAACCAUAUGUGUAUCACGCUCUCUCGUUCAGUCAAAAAUAAACAAAUAAUCGAUUUCUUGAGCUGUUCAAAAGACAAAUCGACGAUUGAAUUGAAAUUCGAGACGUUUUUUUCUUCAAUGUCAAUACAUUUCCCUCGACAUAUAUUGAAAGUUCAUGCGUUCAUUUUUUCUUAGUUAGCGUAGAUGAUUAGAUAUUCGCCUAAUUCAUGUUUCUUCUUUUUUUUCUAAAUGACAGAGAAAACAAAAUAUAUCGAACAAACUAGUGACAAAAACGGUAAAUGUGUUCGUUGCUAAGAAUAUUCGUUCAAAGGUCAAUUUACUUUAUUUAGUGUAUAAUUAGUCAUAGAGAAAAUAAUUGAAUGAAAAAACCAAAUUUUAAUGUUGAGAUUGAACGGAAAAAUUAUCACAGGUAGAAUGGAGGGUGUGAUUUAAGUUCAUUCUAUAUAUUCUUCUGGGUCCAAACAUACACAUAAGUUACACAGAGAGCAGAAAAAAGAGUGUAUAUUUAGAAAGUCUGUUGAACAAAAGUUCUUCUUUUGAGAAGAUCAUCUUGGGAGAAAGAGAAAAAAAGAGAAAUUGGGAGCAAGAAAGAAAAAAGCAAACAAAAGAAGAAAAGAGAAGGAGAGGAAAAAUAAAAAAGUACGUAAAAAAUAUUUAUAAAUUAUAUUCGAAAGGAAUGAAUUCUGUAGAGAUGUUUUCGUGUGUCCAUCAAAAAUCGGAUUUUGCCUGGCAUUGUGUGAAUAUGUGCACGUGCAGCUAUUGCAACCGAAAAAAAAGCGAACAGUGUUUUUAUUUGACAAUAAAUUUUAACAUUUUAAAUAAGUCGAAAUGGGAGAACAAAAACCACCAAAAAAAAUCAAGAGUUUUAAUUCAAUCGUUUAACCAUACAAAAAAAGACAUUUGUGUGCAAAGUACGGACAUUUUUAGGGUAUAGUAAAAUUUGAUUGUUCUUUACAUGCAUCAGCGAAUGAAAUCGUUUUCUAUUUUUUCUGCACAUUCGGAACGAUUUUCAUUUCAUGCACAUUUAGCAUUUGGAAUGCAAAUGUGGGAUUUUAUCCAUUUGUUUACAUUGUGACAGCCACUCGAAAAUAUAUCGAGAGAGAGUGCUUUUUUUCUCGCCCGCUUAAUCGAUAUAUUGCAAUUUUAUCAUGAGACGCUUUGUCUAUAAAUCGAAGUAAAUAAAACUGCAGAAAAAAAACAACAGCAAACGCUUUCUCCGCUUUUAAUUUAUUCCGAACAAAUGGACACAUUAAAUGCCCACGAGGAUAACCAAAUAAUUAGUAACGAUGCAUUAUUUAUUGCUUCGUUUUCUAUAUACGACUCUUUUUUUUCAAACAUGAUUGACAGACAAAUGCCAAAAAACGAUUGAUAAUUUCAUGUGGCGACAGAAAAUUGUUUAAUAGUCCCAUAAAUAUGUUAGCCGAUUCACGAAAAUCGUAGCUCAAUUCAUGCAAAUAAACAAAAAAAAAAAUCACAAUCAAAAUACCACGAGACAAAAAUAUUCAAAAGAGAAAAA